UAAAUACAUGAGGCACAGAUCGAAUUUCCAAAUUACCUAGAAUCGAUUAGCAACGAGUUUAGAUAAACGGCAUUAAGUUAUGUGAAAGUCGUUAGUUAGUGGAGAGGCCAAAUAUGUUAAGCGGAUUCAAUAGGAAUGGCAGAAUUUACUUUCUAGCCUGGAUUUCAGAUACAGUUGUUGGCGAGACGCGAGACACCCGCUCCCAGCUCAAUCAGAGCAAUCGCAAAAGCUGGAGCAGAAUGAAGAUGGCGAAGCUGCUGCAGCAGUAGUAGAAGAAGAAGCAGAUCAUUUUCCAGGCAAUUCUGUCAACAACUUUCUCAUGCGAUAGCCGUCAGAGCUAAUUGUCUCUGGUUAUGGCCAAAGAAUUACACGAGCGACCGUUAGCAGUCAGAGCGGGAGAGCAGCUCGCCAGACUACUUAACGUUUUCAUAUUAUUUAUGGCCAAGACGCAAGCUGGUCAAUUACAGCUAAAAGAAAUUCAAUAAUGGAGAUCAAUGAGAAAUUGCAGGCCUACUCCAGAUAUCUAUCGUGUUUGCACUGCAGGCCAACAAUGUUUUGACCACAAUUCAAUUGGGGAAGAUUCUGAAUCGGCGUCUUCUGCCAGUGCAUCUGCUUCUUCUGCUUCUUCUUCUUCACAGUCUUCUUCUUGGCUAUCCAGUUGUGCCGCAAGAUGUUGCAAGCGCGUUGGCAGUGACACAGUCUUAAGCUGGCUGUGCCCAAUUCCAAUACCAAUUCCAGAUCUGGUCUUGGCUUUCCUCGUAGCAUGUUCUGCCACUGCGACAGCAAUUGCUGCUGCUGCUGCUGCUACUGCUGCUGCUGCAGCGGCUGCUGUUGUUGCUGCUGCAACUGCCGCAGCUGAGUUGAUAAAAUGCAUGUGGCACGCCGAUCGUGCCACAUUUUGUGACUGGCCAGCGUGUGGUGCGCACACACUCAGUAUUCAGUGCAACGAUUCUUCUCUCUGACAUGCACCAAAGAUGAGCCGCUUUGUGAGUUUGUUAACGCUUUUGGCGCUGUGCGCCACCUUGGCCAGCAGCCAGCAGCAGGACACGGGCGAGGCGACCACAGCGGCCUCGGAGGAGACCGCUGCGCGCGGCCUGGCCAGCAGCUAUGAGCCGGAAGACAAGCCGACGCUGCGGAAGAACUCCCACAUCUACAUGGGCAUCUAUAAGAACUACAAGAGCACCUAUCUGGGCAACAAGACGACCAGCGAGUACCGGAAGCGAUUGCGAGAGCGGGUGAGUGCCGCGCACUUGGCCAACAAUGAGGCGGUUGUGGAGCCCGCCAACGAGGCAGAUGAGUACCUGGAGCAGCAGCAGCAACAGCAGCAGGAGCUGGCCAUCGAUGAUGCCCUGGCGCAGGAGCUGCGCAACGAGGCGAAUGCCGAGGCGCUGCUGGAGGCACAGACCGAUGCGCCCAUCUAUGAUGAGAACGAGACGGCGGUGGGCAAGAAGCGGCGCAAGCGCAAACGCAAGAACCGUAACAAUAUCAAGAAACUGGAUGAGCAGCUGCCGGAGCCAGAGGCUGACUGGGAUGAUGAGCCCGGAGCGGACAACGUGGAGCGCUACCAUGUGGGACCCGGGCUCAAUGUCAGCCUCGACAUGAGCAACGACAUCGUGCGCGUGAAGCUCGACGGCGAGAACUUAAAGGAAAUACUCGCCGCGCGCUGGCUGACCGCGGAUAACAGCGAGGAAGGUCGCGGCAAGAAGUAUGAUAUGAUGACCAAAGUGCUGCCGCUGUUCAUUUUGCCGUUCCUCAUCCAAUCGGCGAUUGUGCCGUUCCUGGUGACCAAGCUGAAGCUGCUGCUGGUCAAGUCGAUAUUAGUCGGCAAGCUGGCCAUAUUCCUGCUCAUCAUAUCGGCCAUCAAGAACAGCAACAAAAUGAUGCAGUCCUACGAGGUGGCGCCCUCAUAUUGGGCCAGCGAGCCCAGCCGCAGAUCCGAGCUGGCGGCAGCGGCCUCGUCCGCGUCAGCUGCCUACAAUGGCUACCGAGUGGAGGGCAAACCCACGGCCUGGGUCAACUAGAGACAGGGAGAGAGAGUGGCAGAGAGAUGGGGAGCGGCAAAGAGUGAGAGAG